AUGACGGCAAAUGGACGGCCAGAAAUGGCCGCUUCUCAGGCCGUUUUUGGCCGCCCAUCUGCCAACCGUUCUGCCACCCACCUCGGCAUUUCUACCCACGCACCCUUCCACUUGGACCUGCGGCGGCCUGGUUCGCGCCCUCUGACCCACUCCACCGUCCCCUUUCCUUACUACCUCCCCCUGCCUUCCAAACUUCGAGUCUUUAAGGGCGCCGAAAAUGACUUCCUCCAGAAUCGUGUCAUUUAA